AUGACGUCCGCUUCUGCCUCAAUGGCUUGGAGGGCAGGUCUCCGCGCUCGCUCACUCCCUACAUCUCGCUGGUCGCAGCGACCAGCUACUUUACUGAAGCGCGAGGGCGUAAUUGGCGCGCGAUAUGCCUCGGAUUCGGCCCCCGCUGCCGCCGAGGCCGUGAAGGAGGCCUCGAAGGAAGUCCCGAAGCGGGCUGCUCGUGGUUCCCGGAAGACCCUUUACGGUACCUCGCUGGCUGUGGUGCUGUUGGUUGGAUAUAUCUACGGAACUGAUACCAGGGCUAGUUUCCACCGGUACGGCGUUGUGCCUAUUGUUCGGAAUAUCUAUCCAGAUGCCGAGGAUGCACACCACGAGGGUGUGUAUUGGUUGAAGUUGCUUCAUCAAUUUGGAUUGCAUCCCAGGGAGAGAGGCGAUCCUGAUCGGGAUGGAGCUCUAGCUACCGAGGUCUUUGGCCACACCAUUUCGAACCCAAUUGCUAUUUCUGCCGGUCUGGACAAACAUGCCGAUAUUCCUGACGUUCUAUUCGACAUUGGAUCCGGCAUUGUCGAGGUCGGUGGCACAACGCCUCUGCCACAAGAAGGAAACCCGAAGCCACGGGUGUUUCGUAUCGUCUCGCAACGUGCUAUGAUCAACCGGUACGGCCUCAAUUCCAAGGGCGCUGAUCACAUGGCCGAUGUGCUGCAGCAGCGCGUUCGUGACUUUGCAUACGCCGCCGGCUUCGGCGACCAUGAGGAUGCUGAGCAACUUGUUCUGGAUGGUGCCGCCAACGUGCCUCCGGGAAGUCUGGUCCCUGGGAAGCUACUUGCCGUGCAGGUGGCCAAGAACAAGUUGACCCCAGAUGGUGAUAUCGAUGCGAUCAAGCAGGACUACGUGUACUGCGUCGACCGGGUAGCCCGCUACGCAGAUAUUCUGGUUGUGAACGUGUCCAGCCCUAACACACCAGGUCUGCGCGACCUGCAAGCCGCCGCACCUCUGACAGCCAUCUUGACAGCGGUUGUGGGGGCAGCGAAGAACGUCGAUCGCAAGACAAAGCCCUAUGUCAUGGUGAAAGUGAGUCCCGACGAGGACUCCGACGAACAGAUCUCAGGCAUUGCAGAGGCCGUUUGGAACUCCGGCGUUGACGGCGUUAUCGUCGGCAACACCACCAACUGCCGACCCGAUGCCCUUCCUAGGGGCUUCGAGCUCCCUGAAAAGGAGCAGAAGGUUCUCAAGGAGACUGGCGGCUACUCUGGCCCGCAGCUCUUUGACAACUGUGUUUCUCUGGUCGCUCGCUACCGUGCCCUGCUUGACAAGGGUCCCCCAUCCCAGACCGCAGUUGAAGGCGAAGAAGCCUCUGUCCCCUCUGAGCAGCCACGCAAGGUCAUCUUUGCAUCGGGUGGUAUCACGACUGGGGAGCAGGCGCGCAAGGUGCUAGAUGCUGGAGCCUCGGUUGCCAUGAUGUACACUGGUGUGGUAUUUGGUGGUAUUGGAACCGUGACACGAGUCAAGCAGGAGCUGCGCGAGGAACUACAGAAGAAAUGA